UCUCAAAUACAUCUUAGAUCUAUUUCUCUUCCUUACUAGACCCCCCUUUAAUCAACAAUUACUAUCUGUGAUCCGAGACUUGGCACAUUACCCCAAUCAUCAUCUCAUUGACUUUUCUCCUUAUCUCCAAUCUCCCCACUCUUAUUUCUCCCCGAGUCCAUCUCCAUGAAUAUCCCUCCGCCCGGAGAUGUGCUUGAGAAUGCAACCCAACCACAACAACCUGUGCGUAAACGUCGGAGAACACAAUUAGCAUGCAAUUCAUGCCGCCAGAGAAAGACGGCAUGUAAUGGUGAUCGUCCUUCAUGUUCAUCAUGUAUAAGAAGAGGUGUUCAAGAUAGUUGUUCUUAUGAAGAAGCAACUGUAGGAUCUAAAGCCUCUGCCAAUGCUGGGUGGGUAUCCUCUAUCAUAUCUUCGGCUGUCACAGCGUCUCCCCAUUAUGCGGAGUGUAAUCCAACUAUCCAUGGUCUUUGAUUCUUGAACCCAAUGAAGAGUGUGGGCUCCCUUCGUACAUUAAAUACUUUCUGUGUCAUUGAAGGCAUCCGAGAAUAUUGAGACGUUUCCAAAACAAUCAUCACAGUCAAGGCUACUGUCCCAGAAUUAUGAUCUAAGGUCCAAUCAGCUGAUUUUGCUAAUAUUCAGGAAGACUUUGAUUAUCGAUAGUUCAAAACCAAAUGUCCCAUUUAGAACAGUCAGUCGUUCAAUCUCCUCGCCAGAUGCGGCUACAGGAAAUGCACCUUCUCCUGGAAAUGUUGGUGGUUUGGCCAUGGUUUCCGAUAUAGAGUCGCAAGACUCCCUCUAUGGAGGAUCAUCAACAAUUGCAUUGCUAUCUCAAGUUCGACAGGCAGCAUCAGAUCAAUCAUCAUCGAUGAAUGCAACGGGUAGACCACCGCCUGAUAAUCCAGCUCAACCGAAUGGUGAUAUAGAGAUUCUUCAUAAUCAAGACUUUGCGAAUUUCAUUUUGCCUCCACGUCAACAGGCUGAUGAUUUCUUAAAUUGUUAUUGGGAAUUCGUUCAUCCAGUCUUUCCUCUCUUGGAUCUUCAAGGUUUCAGUACUACCUAUCAGAAAUUAUGGUUAUCAUCACCAGGAAAAGGUUUACAUGGAGAUGAAUUGAGCGAAACAAUUUUUCAUGCUACCCUUAAUCUAGUAUUUGCUUUGGGAUGUCAAUAUAGUAAUGAUGUCCCUUCGCAUCGAAAAUCAAACUAUGCAGAUGAAUUCUAUCGACGAUCGAGAAGGUUACUGAAUUUUGAGAUAAUGGAUGCACUACAAUUAUCUUUGGUUCAAUUAUUCUUACUUACUGGAGUUUAUUUGCAGUCCACUCAUCAUGCAAAUAGAUGUUGGAAUAUGGUUGGAUUGGCUAUUCGUACCGCACAAGGAUUGGGUCUUAACACAGAAAACAAUCUACAUAGGACCAAUCAAUUGAAUGUUGAGAUCAGGCGCAGGGUAUGGUAUUCCUGUAUUUCGCUUGACCGGUUUGUAGUUCUAUUCAACUCUCAAAUUUGCAUAAGCUAAUUGACAAAAAGAUUAUUAGCUAUGACAUUUGGUCGACCUACCAUGAUUAGAACUGGAUCUUGGGAUGUUCAGGAACCUGCUAUAAUUGACGACCAAUAUCUAUCGUCAGAUAUCCAAGAAGUUCAACCAUCAGGACUUCACUCUCGGAUGUAUCUAUUUGUUUACUCACUCAGGCUAUUCGACAUUAUGGAUGAGAUACUUUCGGAAUUCUAUGUCCUACAAGGUGGGAAGAGUGGAAAUAAUUCCAAGAAUUUCGAUCCUUGGUCAGUACGUGAUCUGGCCAGUAUAUUGAGCAUUAAUGCGAAACUUGAUGAUUUCCGAGAAAGUGUUCCCAAAAUACUUAAAGACGUUAGUUUGUCCGCACUUGGAAAUGACUCUCUCACGCCUAAUCAACUUCAUUUGACGUUGCAAUCAAAAGUACUACGAAGCAGGUAAUAAGUUCGGAGCCUGUCACAUAAUACCACUCUCUAAUUUCCCAUCCCAGGUUCUUACUCGUUCGCAUCUUACUCCUACGACCCGUACUCCUAACAUCUGUCUCCAAGGAAAAGUCGAACCUGCUCGCCAAAGCUGAGCCUGGGCUGCAGAAAAACCUCGCAAUUGGAGUUUGCACAUCAUGUGUGAAAACAGCUCACUUACUUGUGGAGACUGUCUACGAAAACCUCAACACGGAAUAUCGUAGCUCAGCGUGGCAUACAGUUUACUGUGAGUUUCCGCAAGAAGUUCCAUUUUUGGAUCGUUGCUAGGCUAUUAGGACUCAUGGCUUCCUUCUACAUAAUCUCUCCAUUUUCUAAUAAAACUCAGUUGCUUUCGCCGCUGCGACAAUCCUCCUCGCGGCACAAUUAUCUCCACUGAUCGAAGCCAGUUUAUCCACCAGCCAUUCCUUCGAUAAAUCUUGGACAUCAUGUAUUAAAAUUCUCGAGCAUCACAAAGUACAGAUUCAAUCAGCCGAGCGAGCUAUAACGAUACUGAAAGCCUUGAAAGAGAAAGUACAAGCAAGAAAUCCCGAAGAAGCCGCCGCAAGCUCGAAAGGGAAAAUACCAAGGGCUAAUAUUACAGGCACCCAAACACACACCGAAGCACAAAUCCCCUACCCCCAAGUACCAACGCCUACAGAUUAUUCUGCCAUAAUGAGUGGGAGUAUACCCAAUGGAGGAAUCGGGAUAGAUAAUAUCUCCAUGUUUGAUAAUGGUAUGCAGAUAGAUUCGAUGAAUGAUGCGUGGUUUACUCAACAACUUUCCGACUUGAAUUGGCUUGAUUAUUACCAAGUUCCGCCGUGAAGGUAAGAAGAGAUGGAGAAGAACUUGACUUCCAAUGGAAACUCUUUCGUUUCCGAAUAUUAACAGCAGGAAAUUCUUCGUCUUCUGAAGGCGAAGUAGCAGCCGAUGUUGGGGAAUGAGACGCGGUUCUUUCCUUUUCGUCAUCCCAUACAGGGGUUGGA